UCGAGUACAAGACAGGGUUUCAAUUUUAGCCCCCUGAACGACAUCCGCCGAUAGAGCCCCGGAGCUGCGCCUGCACAACUCACCUUGUCGCCGCGCGUCGGCCCGUUCAUGGCUAGAUCGAGUCGCCUCGGGUCCCUCAACAUAUAAGCUCGCCCUCGGCGAUCGCCAUGGUCACGAACGGAGGGAGUGGGGUUGGCGUCGGUGCGCACGAGGCAGGCGGCAUCAUGGGCAGCAACGCCAACCAACCGCCAACCACCGAAUACACCCUCCAGGGUGUAAUGCGCUUUCUCCAGACAGAAUGGCACCGUCACGAACGCGAUCGCAAUGCCUGGGAGAUCGAGAGGCAGGAAAUGAAGAGCAGGAUAGCCAACCUCGAGGGACAGGCGCGACGGGCAGACGCGACGCAAAAGGCAUUGAAGAAAUAUGUCACAAUACUCGAGAAGAAGGUCAAGGACCAGGCCGCCCUGUUGAAGUCUGAAAAGGGGAUCGAGACAGAGCCCAAGGUCGACCGUGCCGCACUGCUUCUCGAAAAACUACGGCCAUCCCCCGACAAGCCCAGUGCGCCCUCAAUGGACGGUGGGGUGCUUGAGGCCGGUCUCGCUGACGAAGAAUCUUCGCGCAACGAGCUCAAAUCUUUCCUCGACCAGUGCCAAGCCGAGUUCACAUACCUGAUGAUAACCCCUGCGAACCCGAUACCCCCGAGAGAAUCACCACCUCUUCCAAUAAUCGAAGAUCUCCGGGAAGGUGAUGCCUUCGGCCAGUCACUUCUAGACCAGUCUUACCAGCAAGGACUGCGGCAGCAACACCAACAACAGCACCAGCUGCAGCAUCAGCCACAGCAACAGCAGCCAAAUCAUGUUCGCGAAUUCGUUGCCGCGCAGUCUCGACCGGCUCCUGCCCCGAAUCACCAGGCGCCAGCACCACCAGCUUCGGGUAACUUUCCGGUUAAGCCACUUGAUCUCCAAUCGGCCCCAAUGGUCCGUGCAUCUAACGCCGAACACCCUCCCAUGGCGUACAGCAACAGCACGGAUUGGCCACCCGCGCAAAUGAGUGCGCCCGGGAAGCCGGUGCCAGAACCAGGGCGGGAGCCAGCCAACCAGUCCGCUAAACAUUUAGGCCGAAGUGAGGAAAGGGGGGAUGGCGUUGAGAAACGGGCUGUGGCCGAGGCAGACAGCUGGGAUUUCAACGAGGCCAACUUUCCGGAUACCGCUGCGCCUAAUCAGCCACAGCAGGCCUCCACCCGCCCGGAUACCGAUGUGUUUCCAACGGCCGAGAAUAUCCCGAAGUCACCCAACCGCGCAUCCCUCUCUCAUCGGAGAAAGAGCUCGAAUUCGAUGACCCGCAGGCGGAGCGCAGAGCAUGAGCUGUCGCUGCACGGAAUGGGGCCAAAGCCCGAGAGCUCCAACUUCAAGCUCAAGUUUGGCCUGCGCGGCCACUUAGACACGGUCCGAACCGUCAUCUUCUCCGGUGGCGGUAGCCCCGGAGAGCCUGAGAUCUGCACGGCUGGGGACGACGGGACGAUUAAGCGGUUCCACCUCCCGGAUCGGCACCCCGGGCAGAUGAGCACAGGGGGCUCUGAUCUUGACGUCACCGCCGACUUCACGCACCGUGGCCACGCUGGAGCGGUCCUCUCGCUAACCUCGUGGUCCCAAUCACCGAACUUUUCGACGGGCGGCCGCGCGCAGGGCGACGGUUGGAUCUUCUCGGGCGGGCAAGAUGCGACGAUUCGAGUUUGGGAGCGGGGGAGGGUAGACCCGAAAGCGACUCUGGACGGCCACACGGACGCUGUCUGGGCGCUUUGCGUUCUGCCCACGAACCUGGGUGUCAUCUUCGGUCAAGCCAACGCGUAUGGGACCCCAGACCGCAUCCUGCUCGUGUCUGGAGCAGCGGAUGGUACAGUAAAGAUAUGGGCGGUCAGCGCCCCGCCGCAGCUUACCUCUCCGCAGCCCGCCGGAGGGCGUCGUGCACAGGGCGGUCGUGUUCGAGGCAAUUCGAUGAGCUCGGGCUCGGCGUUCCCCAACUCGCCGCAGCCCACGACAGCGUCGAACCUGCCGUUCCACCAUACACUGAUCCACACGAUCUCGCGGCGGAAUUCCAAGGCGAGUCCUACGUGCAUUACGCCGCUGAGCCCCAACGGCGAGACGUUUGUGGUCAGCUAUUCCGAUGCGGCCAUCAUCGUCUACGACACACGCUCGGGCGAGGAGAUUGGAACCAUGGCCAGCUUGGAAACAUACGACGGCACGGUGUCGACCAGCGUCAACGCCAUCGUGGCUACCACAGUCGGGUUAGACCAGCCACAUCAGGGCAUGCUGAGCGAGGAAGACACGGCCGGUGGAGGACCAACCGGGGGCGGUCGGGCUAUGGCUGGGUCAGGGGUCGAGGGUGUCAUCAUCUCGGGCCACGAGGACUGCUACGUCAGGUUCUAUGAUGCCAAUAGCGGCCAAUGCACGUAUAACAUGGUCGCCCAUCCAGCCUCGAUCUCUAGCCUCUCGCUCAGCCCCGAUGGCCGGGAGCUGGUCAGCGCAGGCCACGACGCCUCGCUCCGUUUUUGGUCUCUGGAGAAGCGGUCUUGCACGCAGGAGAUCACCAGCCACCGCGUCAUGCGCGGCGAGGGUGUCUGCACGGUCGUCUGGAGCCAGGACGGCCGGUGGGUGGUCAGCGGUGGCGGCGACGGAGUCGUCAAGGUGUUUGCGCGGUAGGGUCGGCAAGCACCACGCUACCACUCCGAAGAAGACCACAACGGGCAGAGUAACGGGCAGAGUAUUACUGCAUCACCGCCGCAGGUGGCACACGCUCGGGAGAAAUACUACCGGAAGGAAACGCACCCGGAUCGCCCCGUGUUCGGGCGUAUCCGUCUGCCGCCGGCGAGAGACGUCAUAGGGUUGUGAAGGAUGACUCCAGCGACGAGGACUUCAGGUUCUGGUGAUCAGAGGAGAAGCGUGCGGGACUGGCAACACCACAGUCAGGGAAGAUCAC